ACCUAUAUUUUAAUUUACUUUAAAGGAAUUAUGGUACUAUAAAUGUCUGGUCAGAUGAAACAGAUGUGUGUCACCACUGCUUGCCAAGUCUCAGAGAGGAUGAGCAGCAGCAAAGGCAGGAGAAACAUGAAAAGAUCAAGACACAAUUUACUUGACUCACUGUUAUGUCUAAAAAUACCAACUAUGCCGAUCUUAAAGGCCAAUGAAAUAUGGGAAGGUUAUUCCAAAAUGGUGAACAAGCGGAUCAAGGAUUUAUUUUACAAAGUGAAGAAGAUGGAUGAAAGGAUAACCCUCAGGCAACAACACACACUUCGGGUGUGCAAGCAGUGCCUUGAAGGGCCAGAAUCCACUGCACAUUACAGUUCUCUUUUCUUAUCCACAUCUAGGGAGCUUUCUGCCAAUUUUGCGCUUACAGACUGGUUUUAGAAAAGAUCACAUGUGAACAUGCGCUGCACAAUCUUAUUGUUGAAUCUUGAGAAAAAAAGGCUUAUGAAAGUCCUGAUCACUGUGUUCCAAUAUUGAAAGGGUGGUUACAAAGAAGAUAGAGAAUCCCUUUUUACAAGGAGUCUAUGGAAAAAAAUGAGCAUUAAUGGGUACAAUUUACUCCUGGGGAGAUUCUGAUUGUGCACAAGGGGAUAACUUUUCACAAUGAGAACAAUCCACCAUUGGAAUAAUCUCCCCAGGGAAGUGGUGUAUUCCCCAGCACCCAGUGACUAGAGAGACUAGAGAGGGUGCUGAGCUUCUUUUAGACCAUGCUUUUGCCUUGAAAGGUUGGUUGGACCAGAUGAUCCUCGAGGUCCUGCCAACCCAGUAUUCCACAAUUGUUAAAACCCUUCUUACACAUCCACAAGCUGCAUAAAUCUUGUGGAGGCUCUUGGUGCCAACCAGCUCUGUGGGUUAAAAAUGGGAGGGACGUUUAUCACAGAGGUGUCUUGCAAAACGUGGUCUGUUUUACACCCCUUGCAAUCCCAUGCAGCCUAAGUGGGCUGGAAUCCUUUUCUCAUGCAUCUUCCUUUCUGUCAAAGAUGGAAAACUCAAGUAUCUUGCCCCCAGAGGAAGAAAUAUACCUCUCAGUGACCAACUGACCAGACAGUCCCUUCCACGUGCUGUGCUGAACUUCAUCCCCAGCAAUGCUUGUGAUGUGGAGCUGUCAUGUGGAGAUUAUUGCUGAGGAAACUGCAUCUCCCACAGAUGUGUUAAAAAUUCACCUGUGGGCCCAGGGAAGCAGGGGUGAAUCCCAUUUCUUUCUCAGAUAAAGGUGGCUAGAGAGCAGCUCUGCCUUACUGCUGUGAUGUGAGCUCUGCACACCUCUGAGCAGCCUCUUAGGAGCAAAACCCAACCAAUAAAAAAGGGAAAUAAAUACUGCCUUCGCUGGGAAUCUGGUGGCUGUCAUCAGCUGCUCUUGCACAAGCGAGUCUGGGAGUUGUUGCAGCAGCACACUUGCCUCUGGCAGGUAAAGUGCAAGGGGUGCUGUCUUAUUAAACAGUUUUCUGUUCUUUUAAGGGAUUUUUGUACCCCCGCAGCCACAGAGGACUGACUUUGCUUCACUUUAAAAAGUUAAAAUGUCGUAAAUACUUUGAUGUAAAGAAUUUUAUGGAUUUUUGCCCCAGGAAUGGCAUUUUGACUCACUGUAUUUCAGUGAGACAUUAAAAAAACAUGCUUGUGUGCAUUUUUUUUAAUUGCUGUUGUUACCAUUUGCACAAAAAGUAGUAAAAGCUGAUGAUACAGUGAUUUGUUUUGUACUUUUUAAUGUAAGACUGGCAGAAAAAUAGUCUUGUUGCUCAAGAGGCUUUAAAUCCCCACCCUUGAGCUGUGAUUCAGCACAUUCCUGGAGUAACCCUGGUCUGAAGCCCGCGUUCCUCCUUGUCCUGUCCUGCUGGGGGUGGAUUUCUCCUAGACAAGCCAAUGAACAGAAGCUUAUUUAUUUAUGUAUGUGGUGAGGAGGAAACUUACUCCACAGUUUCCCCACCUCUUCCUGCAAAAUGUUGGCUCUCUUUUGCACCAAUCACUUCGGGUCCUGAAUGAAAAGGAGCGGCAGCGGAGCUGGGGUAUAGAAACUGCUGCUGUGAACAUCACUGCCUGGCUCUGCUGCACACCUCAUGCAUAAUCGCUCUCACCUCAUUUGAGCUACGGAGAGAAGCAAAAGCCGGCUGCCCGCAUCUUUCUUGAGCAAACCGAGGGUGCUCUUUCGGAGAGGCAGGGCUGAGCCCUCUGUUAAUGACUGACAUCACCGACGAAAUACGCCUGCUGGCUAUUUUUUUUUUUUUUUUUUUUUUUUGCUGCAUUUCCCCCCCCACCGGCAGUAUCUUGAUGGGGAAGCUGAUCUCCAAAGGCUGGAGGAAAAGAGAUGCACGAGUUAUCAUGCUGGGGCUCGACUUUGCUGGCAAAUCCACCCUUCUGUACAAACUGAAGAGCGGCCAGGCUGUGGAGACCUGCCCCACGGUGGGAUUCAACGUGGAGUCUCUGAAAACACCCUGUGGCAUAUCCUUCACCCUUUGGGAUGUUGGCGGCCAAGACAGCCUGCGGGCCAGCUGGCCUAACUACCUGGAGGACAUCAACAGCCUCAUCUUCGUGCUUGACAGCACAGACACGGCCCGGCUGGCUGAAGCAGUGGCAGCACUGGAGGAGGCCCUGAGCCACCCCGGCAUGGCCGGCAUCCCUGUGCUCCUCCUGGCCAACAAGCAGGACGUGCCGGGAGCGCUGGCUCCAGCCGAGCUGGGGGAGAUGCUGCGGCUGGGGGGGCUGGCAAGGCACCACUGGGUGCUCCAGGGGUGCAGUGCCCACACUGGCCAGGGCCUGCAAGAAGUCCUGGCCAUCCUGGGAAUGCUGCUGCGGGGCUCAGAGCAGAGCUCCCUAUCCCAGGAGCAGCCCAUCAUGGGGCUGGCAGAAAGGAGGCAAGCUCCAGAGCAAACCUGAACCCCUCCCUCUCAUGGCUGCCAGCAGGUUUGUCACAGAGGAUUCCAGCCUCCAGACACCCCUACAAGGAGCAGAACUGCAGCUGGCACACUCUGUGAAACACCCAGCUCCUCACCACCAAAACCCACCAGGAGGAUCUCUCAGCAAACUCCCAUCAUGGAGCAGUUUUGGCAUCUCUUGGACUCUCAUCUCUGGCUGCAGCUUGUCCCACUGUCACCAUGUUCCACUCAUCCACUGUGCUCGUGUGUCCAGAGGUUCAGCAGGGAUGCUUUUUAACAUUUAAGAAUUAUAACAGAGAUGUGUGCAAAGAAUAGAAGUUUUCUUCAUUCUGCAGCUCUCAGCCCAGAUACAUCUAUCCAGAUGGGAUGAUCCCCACAGAGGGAGAGUUUGGAUGUUCCCCAUUCUGCUUGUCCCUCAGCAGGGAUCGCAUGUUCAUUGUCUGGGAACGCAGGAAAGCGCUGAAAAUAAUGGCUGAAUGGGAGCAGUGUAAGCUCAGGACAUCAAAUGGCCAAGAGACUAAUUGGUUUUAGUGUGGCAUCUCCAGGUAUAAUAAUCUUCAAACCAUGGAAGCAAGCUGGGAUUUGAUGGUGUAAUGCAGUUUGAGGAUGUGUGUAUAUUAAUUUAUGCAUUUUUUGAAAUGGUUCUUUAUUUCUCCAUCAUUUUUAUCAAAGAAUUAGUUAAAGAAAAUGGUCCCUCAUUUUCCUUGGACUAUGUCUAAAUAUAAAGAAAUCAGAUGUGACUUUAAGAUGUUUGGAAAUACAUCUCCAUGGCCAGUCAACCUCUAAAUAUUCUCAUGGUGGCCUGAACAGCCAAAACAAAACCCUGUCAACUUUUGAAACUGCAUGCGACCAUUCCACAUGCAUUUGUUGGUAACUGUGGGCACCUAUGGACACAGGCAGGUUGGUGACCAAAGGUCUCUCCACACUCAGCUGUGUCCAGGGCAGAUGAAAACGCCCCUGGCAGCUCACAACAGGACCAGGUCCCAUGUGGCAGGGAUGGUCUUUGUCCAACCCUGCUCAACCUACCACUGGAAAGACCUAUAAAAUGUGUAUCCAAGCUUCUGUUAUCCAGAGUUAAAAUUAAAAUAUUUCAUAGUAGUCCCUGCUUCAUUAUGAAAUGAAUGGGGGAAGGGGAGGGAUAGGAUACAACAUUUUUAUUUCUAUUUUCCAUAUCUGUUUCUAUUCAGAAAUCAGCUGCUUUCAAGGAAUGGCAUACUCAGUCUAGAAACACCAAUGAGAAAUACACAGCAAAAUCCUCCUCUGUUCAUACCCAGAGCAUUUUACAAUUGUUAAGGAAUUAAUUGUCCAGCUGGUCCUGGUGCUGUUAUUAGCCAUACUUAAUAGAAGGCAGCAGCUGGAAUAGAGAGCUCAAACAGUCAUGAAGAAACCG